UCAGCGCGGCCGCCAUGAAGCCGAUCCUGCUGCAGGGCCAUGAGCGCUCCAUCACGCAGAUCAAGUACAACCGGGAAGGAGACCUGCUUUUCACCGUGGCCAAGGAUCCUAUUGUCAACGUUUGGUAUUCGGUGAACGGGGAGAGGCUGGGCACCUACAAUGGCCACACGGGAGCCGUCUGGUGUGUGGAUGCAGAUUGGGACACACGACACGUGCUGACGGGCUCUGCUGACAACAGCUGCCGGCUCUGGGACUGUGAGACAGGGAAGCAGCUUGCCCUGGUGAAGACCAGCUCAGCAGUGAGGACGUGUGGCUUUGACUUUGGAGGGAACAUCAUCAUGUUUUCCACGGACAAGCAGAUGGGAUAUCAGUGCUUUGUCAGCUUCUUCGACCUCCGGGACCCCAGCCAGAUUGAGAACAACGAGCCUUACAUGAAGAUCCCCUGCAGUGACUCCAAAAUCACCAGUGCUGUGUGGGGCCCACUGGGAGAGUUCAUCAUUGCAGGGCACGAGAGUGGGGAGCUGAACCAGUUCAGUGCCAAGUCAGGGGAGCAGCUGUCAAACAUCAAGGAGCACACCAAGCAGAUCAACGACAUCCAGACCUCCAGGGACAUGACCAUGUUCAUCACUGCCUCCAAGGACAACACAGCCAAGCUGUUUGACUGCACCACCCUGGAGCACCUGAAGACCUUCCGGACGGAGCGACCCGUGAACUCUGCUGCUCUCUCCCCCAUUUUUGACCACGUGGUGCUUGGUGGUGGGCAAGAGGCCAUGGAUGUGACCACAACCUCCACCAGGAUUGGCAAAUUUGAGGCCAGGUUCUUCCACUUGGCUUUUGAAGAAGAGUUUGGCAGAGUGAAGGGUCACUUUGGUCCCAUAAACAGCGUUGCUUUCCACCCUGAUGGGAAGAGCUACAGCAGCGGGGGGGAGGACGGCUAUGUUCGCAUCCAUUACUUCGACCCCCAGUACUUUGAGUUUGAAUUUGAAGCUUAAAGGAGGAGCUGCCCUCUCCUCUCCCAGUCCAUCGGCUCCU